GACAUCCACGGCACGCGAGUUGAAGCACUCUCUCCAAGACUCCAACAUCAUUACAGCACCAAAGCCCAGAGAAUCCUCCAGGCCUGAGCGCAGAUACACAAAUACAAUCAAGCUCGACGUCGACCAGUCACGCGACCCUGCAAUCACAACAGCUCCCGUCGCGGCAGCCUAGUACGAGCCAUCCGUCUCCGAUUUCCACACCACAACACGCAAGCCUCCCAGGCAGCAGACAUAAGGGGGCGACAUGUUAAGCUCACGGUGACCGCGGCCCCUCACCGUCCCUAUUAGUGCUAUUACCUGCAUUACACACACCUGUGUAGCCCGUGUGCCAACAGCAUGGCAUCGAUGGCACGGUCCUCAAGACCGAGGGGUGUCCAGGAGAUCACCGCCGAGGCAGAGGACUUUACACUCAACGUCAGCAUACCCUUGAAAGUAUGGCUGCGCACAGCUCAGAUGUUGACCCAGCGUGGGGACAUGCAUUUGCGAAAGGGAGAAUGGGCCCAGGCCUACAUGCUGUAUUGGAGAUAUGCCGUCCUCAUCACCGAACGCCUGAAGAAACAUCCCGAAUACAAGACACCCGCCGGUCGCGAGGCCGCCCGACCAGUCCUCGCACAGCUCAAUGCGGUGCUCGACAUCCUUGGCCGCAUCAAGCCUUUGAUCAAGCGGGAGUACGAGGAGUGGGAAGCGGAGGAGGCCAGGAGAGAGACCCUGAGAAGGCAAAGGGUGGAGAUCGCACAACAAGAAAACGAAUCUUACGAUGUGCCGCUUCGGCAUCGCCACCGCCAUGAGGAGCAGCUGGACCUUGAACAACACAGAGACCUGGCUGUCGAGCUGGCCCAGGAGGAGAUGAGGCGCCGCGAAAGGGAACGCCUCCAACACGCUGGCUCUUUUGUGUCCGCCGACCAACAACGGAGCCGACGGGUAGCCGGAAUAUGGGACCAGUGGACCGUCGAGCUCAAGGAUGAACAGGCACGGAGCGACGAGCUCUUCCGGCGCCAAAUGGAAUCCACCAGAAGAAGACUGGAUGGCAGAGAUGAUGACGCCGCAGACGAGGCCUCGCGACCAGUACAGCACAGCACAAACUAUAACUACCCCUCGAUCUCGCGUUCACAGCCUGUCCAGUAUGAACCGACUUCGUUCCACCAGCGGAUAGAGUCAGCAGUGGCUCCAGCAAGGCCGCCAAAACAUGACCUCCAAUAUCCUCCAACAUACCAUUCUGAUCGAGGCGCAUCCCCUCUGAUUCCUCCCCCGCUUCCCAGCAAAGAGACUCUGGAUAGUCCUCAGGACCUAUCGGUCGGCUCGCAACCACCAGUUCCACCUCCCAAAGACCGGGAGGUUUCCGUGGCUCCCGCACAGAAAACAUUCCGACCAGCUGCGUACCUGGAGAACGGAGAGCCGCUGCGUUCCAUUAUCCUACCUCGCCAGCUUCGACACCGAUUCCUCGACGUCGCCGAGAAAAACACCAGACAGGGCCUGGAAAUGUGCGGCAUGUUGUGUGGCACCGACGUGAAUAACGUCCUAGUCGUGUCGUGUCUCAUCAUCCCGGAGCAAAAGUGCACAUCCGACACGUGCGAGACGGAAAACGAGAACGCCUUGCUCGAGUAUUGCAUGACGGAGGACUUGUUGAUGAUUGGCUGGAUUCACACACAUCCCACGCAGACUUGCUUCAUGAGCUCUCGUGAUUUGCACACGCACGCGGGAUACCAGAUCAUGCUGCCAGAAAGCAUUGCCAUAGUCUGUGCGCCGACGAAGCAGCCAGACCACGGCAUCUUCCGGCUCACAAACCCUCCUGGGCUCCCACAUAUCCUGAACUGUGAGCAGCAGGCAACCUUUCACCAACAUUCAAUCGACAACUUGUACACAAGCGUCGAGAGACCCCAUGGACACGUGGUGCAGGACGAUAGGCUCCAGUUCACUCUGGUCGAUCUGCGGCCCGGCUUCCGUGAUGGACCCGGAGCGCGCAAGACCUUUUAGGACCUGGUAUCAACGCGCGCAGGACGGCUGGCUUCACAUGGUCGUGUCGCAUGCAGCUUCCCUAGUAGGCGCAGCACUCUGAACUGCUUUUGCCGCAUUUGCGAUCCGGCCUUCAUUGUAGAAGAAGAUGCAUACCCAUUAGACAGCAGCAGGAUGCGAACCAAGAUAGAAUAAUGAGACAUGACAGGCACGAAAGCACUUCCAGCACUCGC